AUGUAUUUUCUUCAUUUGCGUCAUUUCUUUCCUUCUCACUGUUUUUGCUUUUCUUUCUUUAAUUCUUUCUUUCUUUUUUUAGUUCGACCUCUCAUUAAAAAAAAAAAAACAAACUCUUUUUUUCGUUCUCCAUUUCUUUCUUUCGCUCGUGUUUUUUUUAUAAAAUUCUUUCUUUUUUUUUCCUUCUUUCUUUUGUUAAUUUUUCUUUUUUUUUUAUUAUUUCUUUCUUUGAGAUUUCUUUCUUUUUUUUUCAUUUUUUCUUUCUUUUUUUUUUCAUUUUUUCUUUCUUCCUUCCUUCCUUUCUUUCUUCCUUCAGUUCGUGUUUUUUUGUUUCUUUCUUUCUCUAGUUCGCGUUAUUUUUUCUUUAAGAUAUCUUCCUUUCAGGUUUCUCAUUUUUUCUUAAGUUCGUGCUUUUGUUUUCAACAUUUCUUUUUUUCUCUCCAUAAUACGUGUUUUUUUAAAGGUUUCUUUCUUUUUAUUCAUUCUUUCUUUCUUCAUUCCCCCCUCCCUUCUUUCCUUCAAUCCGUGUUUCUUUCUUUAAUUCGUGCAUCUUUUUUUAAGCUUUCUUUCUUUUUUUUCUUUCGUUCUUUCUUACUUUCUUUUUUAAAAAGUCUUCCUUCCUUCCUUCCGUCCUUCCGCCCUUUCUUUCUUUCGUUCUUUCUUUCUUUCUUUCUUUCUUUCUUUCUUUCUUUCUUUCUUUCUACCUCACUCUUUCUUUUUAAGUUUUCUUUAAAACAUUUUUUUAGCGUUAAUUCUUCAACUUUCUAUUUUCUUUCUUUCAUAUUUUUCUUCUUUUUUUUACGUUUUCUAUUUCUUUUUCUUUCUCUUAUAUCUUAUGCUUUCUUUUCUAACGUUCAUUUUCUUUAA